CUCACGAUUUCUCUUUCAAUUGUCUUAUCAAACUAUUCAGUAAGUUUUAAAUAAAAUGCCUUUGGAUAAAGCUGCAACUAAGCAAAAAUUCGUAGAUGAGUUCUCAGUUCUCGUUGAAGAACUUAGAGAAAUCUUGGUUCAAUACAAGAUGCCUCAAGAAGCUAUUGAUUGGUACACUCGUUCUUUAAACUAUAACACUCCAGGUGGGAAGUUGAACCGUGGGUUAUCCGUAGUUGAUACUUACUGUAUCUUGAAAGGUGUUGAUUUAGAAACCAUUCCAGCUGAUGAAUACAAGAAGGUCGCUCUUUUGGGUUGGUGUAUUGAAUUAUUACAAGCAUUCUUCCUCGUCAGUGACGAUAUGAUGGAUGCCUCCAAGACUAGAAGAGAUCAACCAUGUUGGUACUUAGUCCCUGGUGUCGACAACAUUGCCAUCAAUGACUCCUUCAUGUUGGAAGGUGCCAUCUAUGUUUUGUUAAAGAAGCAUUUCCGUCAAGAUUCUUACUAUGUUGAUUUAUUAGAUUUAUUCCAUGAAGUUACCUUCCAAACCGAAUUAGGUCAAUUACUCGAUUUAAUCACUAGUGAUGAAGAACACGUUGACUUGGAUAAGUACACUUUGGAGAAGCAUUCCUUCAUUGUUAGAUUCAAGACUGCUUACUAUUCUUUCUACUUGCCAGUCGCACUCGCCAUGUUCAUGGUUGGUAUCAACGAUGACGCUGAUUUGGAUCAAGUUCGUGAUGUUUUAAUCCCAUUGGGUGAAUAUUUCCAAGUUCAAGAUGACUUCUUGGAUUGUUUUGGUACUCCUGAACAAAUUGGUAAGAUCGGUACUGAUAUUAAGGAUAACAAGUGUUCAUGGGUUGUUAACCAAGCUUUAUUGAAGGCCACUCCUGAACAAAGACAAUUGUUGGACACCAACUACGGUCAAAAGAGCGAUGAAUGUGAACAAAAAUGUAAAGAUUUAUUCGUUUCUAUGGGAAUUGAACAAAUCUACACUGAAUAUGAAGAAAAGAUUGUUGGUGAAUUGAAGGCUAAGAUCGAAAAGAUUGAUGAAUCAAGAGGUUUGAAGAAGGAUGUUUUGACCUCCUUUUUGGGCAAGGUUUAUAAGAGAAGUAAAUAAGUAGAGUAGUGGAAUAGACGAAAGUAAAUA